AAAAAAAUUUGGCUUGUUUGAUCUGGUAUUCCUGAAAGUGACAGCAAGUUAUAACGUUGAUGAAUAUCUGUUAAUACAACAAAAAUACUUUUUUCAAGGUGCAAUGGAAAGAGAUAGUUUUAUUUAAUUACCUACAGUGACUCGUAAUUGUGCGUGUCAAACUUUAGUUCAAUUUAUGAAGGAUUUUACAGUUAGCCGUAUUUUUUUCCUGUUUUGUCAGGUGAAAGGUCUAUGCGGCAACUACAACGGGGACACUCGGGACGACUUCCAGACGCCGGCAGGUGGCGGGCUGACUGAAUCAUCGCCCAUCGUGUUUGCAGACGCCUGGAAACUCAAACCCUCCUGCCCUAAACCUAAACCAGUUACUGACUACUGCGCGUCGCGUCCGCACCGGCGCGAGUGGGCGAGCACCGUGUGCGGGUCCAUGAAGCGGUACCCGUUCUCGCUGUGCGAGAGCGAGGUGUCCGCGGGCCCGUACGUGCAGCGCUGCGAGCGCGACGCGUGCGCCUGCGACUCCGGCGACGACUGCCGCUGCGCGUGCGCUGCGCUCGCCGCGUACGCGCACGCGUGCUCCCAGCGCGGCGUCACCUACCGCUGGCGGACCCAGGAGCUGUGCCGUUAGUAUCUAUACUAU